CUCAUUUGGGGGGGUGGAGGAGUUGGAAGUUGGAGGAGGCCCAUCUUACGGCAGUGAGCGACCGGCUUUUCAAGCCCAUGUGCGGGCGGCCCUGGCUCUUCUUCCUUCUCCCUGCGGCUGGCCAGAGAAGAUGACAUGGAGCUGGACGCGGUCCUGGAGGGAGGAGUUCAAGGCCAGGAAGCUGACCUUCCGCCCCUAUGCACCCGAGCUGCUGCUGCACCCACAGUGGCACAUCUCUCCAUGGCUGUGGCUGCUGUACCGCUUCCUGAUGGUGUGCUACACGCUGGGCUGGUGCCUGUACUCCGGCCUGCUCUUCUCCACCCCCAAGUGGCUCAUCUACAUCAGCCACCUCACCUACUGCAUGCUGGGCCUCUACUACCUGCUGGCUCUCUUCAACCUCGCGGGCGCCAUGCUGCUGGUCCGACGCCACAGCAAGAACCUGGCCACAGCUGCUAGGCAAGGGAACAACAAUAGGGAGAUCCGAGGCACCACCGGUUCCCUAGGUCCGUUCCCCCUCCCGUCCCCCCUCAUCGCUUGCCUGAGGAUCCAGUGGUUCCUCCUGACGUUCGUGGGCACCUACUCCCUGACCGUCUCCUUCCUGUACUGGGUGGCCGUCUACCCCGUGGAGGACCACAAGCUGUCGGCCUUCAACGUCAACAUGCACGUGGGCAACAUCCUGCAGUCCCUGCUGGACCUCUCCCUCUCCGCCACCCCCGUCCACCUGGCCCACUACGUCCACCUGCUGCUGUCCGGCUGCUGCUACGUGGCCUUCGCCGUGCUCUACUGGCUGGCCGGCUUCACCAACCUCAGCAGGGAGCCCUUCAUCUACAAGGUGCUGGACUUUGGCUCCAGCCCGCUCUCCGCCUCGCUCUGCAUCCUGGGCUUCACGCUCGUCUGCCUGCCCCUCUUCCACUUCCUGCUGUGGAACGUCUACCAGCUGCGGAGGCGCCUGGCCUUGGGGGUGCGGGGCCAGGCCUGGGCCCUGCGGCAGGGGCUGUGGUGGUGGAAGGUGGCCCAGACGGAGGAGCCUAUCCCCAUGUCUGUGACGGACACCUCCACCACCUCUGUGUCUACCUCCACCUCCACCUCGCUCUUCUCUUCGUCCAGCGGGAUGGGACACGAGGAAGGGGUGAACCAGCCUCUCCUGGUGGCGGCUGGCUCCAACCGUGUGACUGUGGCUGUGUACAUCUGA